GGAAGAACGUCGCCAGGACAGCAUCGUCUCCAACAGCGCGCUUGUCCGUGAAUUUAUAUCGACCAUCUCGAAACGCCAUUUUUAACUUUAUAAACGGGGGGCGGUGGGAUGUCCUAGACAGGCGGUAUGCGGCUGGUCUGGCUGACGUUGGUAGGGUGGGCUGCUGCAGUGGCCGCCCAAGGCAACUUCCAAUGCCCCGCCCACGCGGAGAUCUCCCCCUGCCAAUGCACCGUCAAGAAGAACGGGUUGGACAUCCUCUGCGAGUUCACGGAUGUGUUCCACAUCACGCGAUCCAUGACCGUCCUCAAGGGGAAGCCUUCCAUCGUCAUAUACUACCUCAAGCUCCGCCACAACAACUUGCCCAAGUUGCAGAGCUUCAUCUUCCUUGGCAUCGACAUCAGGCACCUCACCGUGCACAACAGCAGCCUCGCCGUCGUAGAAGAGUCCUCGCUCAGUUCUAUGGGAAAAGGACUGACACAACUUGAUUUGUCCCAGAACAUCCUCAACUCUGUGCCAUCUCCUGCCUUCAGGAACCUGCACCACCUCAUCAUCCUCAACCUCAACCACAACAAGAUAACAACCCUCCACAACAAAGCCUUCGAAGGACUGGACACCUUGGAAAUCCUAACACUCUACGAGAACAAGAUCAUCAACAUAGAACCGGAGGCCUUCAAAGGGCUUGACAAAAAGCUAAAAAGAUUGAAUAUUGGAGGAAAUGACCUGAACCGAGUUCCAAGAGAGGCCCUUUCUAUCUUAGAUACGCUGAAAAAGUUGGAAAUGCAAGAGAAUUCCAUCUCUCAAAUCGCUGAGGGAGACUUUGAAGGAUUGACAAACCUUGAUUCCCUGGGUCUGGCCCACAACCACCUAAAGAGGAUCCCAGCCAAAGUCUUCACCCACCUCAAGUACCUUAACUCACUGGAACUCGAAGGAAACGGAAUAGUCCAUAUUGAUGCUGAAGCCUUCGCUGGCCUCGAAGAAAACUUGCAGUACCUGAGAUUGGGCGACAACAACCUGCACACCAUCCCCAGCGACGCUUUGCGAAGGCUACACCGAUUGCGCCACCUUGAUCUGAGGUCUAACAACAUAUCCGUCAUUGCUGAGGACGCUUUCACAGGAUUCGGCGACUCCAUAACAUUCCUCAACCUUCAAAAAAAUGACAUCCGCACCCUGCCACCAUUGGGUUUCGAGAACCUUAACUCACUGGAGACUCUAAACCUUCAAAACAACAAGCUGGUGCACAUCCCCGAGGAAAUCAUGGAACCAAUCGUGGACACCCUUAGAGUGGUAGACAUAAUGGAUAAUCCGUUAGAAUGUGAUUGUGAACUGAGGUGGUAUGCAUCAUGGCUGAAGAGUCUUAGGGACAAAGAUGAUGAGAUGAUGCAGAAAAAGCGAACAGUGUGUACGAUGCCAAAAGAACACAGAGAGUUUCCCGUCCAAGCGAUGCCCCUUGAGCGGAUGAACUGCGUUGGCAAGAAUAUGGAGCGGACAUCUUCCUCUAUUUCAACGGCUCUUUAUCCCUUGAGCACACUCAUUUGUCUUCUUCCAGCUAUGGUGCACUAGCCGUGGAGGAUUGGAAACAUUAUUAGAGCACAGGUUUGACUGUGACACAUUUAAAUUGUUAUGAAUCAUUUUAAGAUAUUAAUUGGACAUCUGAAGACUGGUAAUUGGUAUUUGAUUCUUAAAAAUAAGGAGAAAAAAAAUUUUUGAAAAAUUAAUUUUUUUUAGAAAAUAAAAAUACAUUUUGGCCUUAUAUCAAAAGUUAUAAGAAUCAAAAAUAGUUUUCAAAUGAUUUUAUCAAUUCAUAGAAUUAAAAAAAAAAAAAAUGUAUAGGUCUUUCAAAAAAUCUUUAAAGCUUCAGUAAAAUCAAAAAUGAAAACAAACUUUUAAAAAAUGCUCUAAAACGUAAUUAUUGUUGGUUUUUUAGAAGAAGUAGAAUUAUCACUCAAGUGUUCAUUUAAGACUAUUUUUGAAUUUAAUAAAAUGGAUUCUUAGAAUGUAUAAAAAAUUAUUUAUAAUGUCAAAAGAUAAAACUAAAUGGUAAAAUUAAAAAUUAACUAAUAAGAAUCAAGCAUGUGUCAGUGAUUGAAAAUCAAAAAAGGUUAAUUUAAUAAUACUAAAAAAAAUAUGUGUAAUUAUUAAAAAUUCAAACUAAAAACAUCAAUGAUGGUUUAAAAAAAAUAAUAAUAAUAUAUAAUACGUG